AUGGAAGAUAUUGAGGUUAUGAGGGGGAAGCAAAAAGAGCUACAGCGAGAAGUGGUCGACUAUAGACAGCGACUGUCGGACCUUCGGCGGGUAUCGAAUGCCUUCAAGACGGAUCUCUAUCACACUACUCAGCAUAUACUGGAUCCAGAAAAGCUCAAGGAGAGCUUCCUUGGUAUGGCGAGGAAGUAUAUUGAGUUACCUCCUGCAAAGGAGGCCGUAGAGAAGGAGAAAGGAAAAGAUGAGGAGGGGAGUGGAGACCAAGAGGAGGAGGAUACUGAGGAGGAGGAAGAAAGUGAAGACGAGGAGGUUGCGAUGGAGAAGAGGCCGCAUACCAACAAGGGGAUCCACACGGAACAUCGAUGCCAGAAAGCUGCCCUAGAGGCAAGGGUGAACAACAUGAAAAUGAAGCUGCAGAAGGAUGCGGAAGCUCGAAGGAAGGAUAACAGUCGGAUUAUGGCGGAGAAUAUGGGUCUAUUAACAGAAAUUGGCGACCUCCGUAAGGAGCUGCAAGCCUUGAAGAUAGAGCGAAGUGAGAGGAAGCUCUCUAUUACUCGGCAAGGGCCGUUGAAGGGCUCCAUGAAGUCGAGUGAGAGAGGGAUGCCGGCUGCCGCGGGGGAAGCUUGUCUGGAUCGUGCAGAAAUCGAGAGGAAUAGGAAGAUCAUCGCGGAGCUUCGUGCGAAGAUUAGAGAGAAAGAGGAUAUAAUACACGCAGCACGGGCUACGACUGGACCAAGCCCACCAUGA